CGAACUUGGUCGGGGCGCGGAUCCCGAGAGGGAAAGUCAUAACAACCGCACGAGGGAGUUCGACUGGCGAGCUGGAAGGCCACGCCUCCUCCCGCCUACCCCCGCAGCCCUGUAGCUGGGGGCAGAGCUCAGAUUUAUUAUCUAGGAUAGAUUUGGAUGAACUAAUGAAAAAAGAUGAACCACCUCUUGAUUUUCCUGAUACCCUGGAAGGAUUUGAAUAUGCUUUUAAUGAAAAGGGGCAGUUAAGGCACAUAAAAACUGGGGAGCCAUUUGUUUUUAACUACCGGGAAGACUUGCACAGAUGGAACCAGAAAAGAUAUGAAGCUCUAGGAGAGAUCAUCACAAAGUAUGUAUAUGAGCUCCUGGAGAAGGACUGUAAUUUAAAAAAAAUCUCUAUUCCGGAAGGAUAUGGAGUAAUAGUAUUGAAUCCCAAUGAAAACUAUAUUGAAAUAGAAAAGCCUAAGAUACACGUACAGUCAUCUUCUGAUAGUUCAGAUGAACCAGCAGAAAAACGAGAAAGAAAAGAUAAAGUCCCUAAAGAAACAAAGAAGCGACGUGAUUUCUAUGAGAAGUAUCGUAACCCCCAAAGAGAAAAAGAAAUGAUUCAGUUGUAUAUCAGAGAAAAUGGUUCUCCUGAAGAACAUGCAGUCUAUGUGUGGGACCACUUCAUAGCCCAGUCUGCAGCUGAGAAUGUAUUUUUUGUUGCUCACAGUUAUGGAGGACUUGCUUUUGUUGAACUGAUGAUUCAACGAGAAGCAGAUGUAAAAAGUAAAGUAACUGCUGUGGCAUUGACAGAUUCUGUUCACAAUGUGUGGCAUCAAGAAGCUGGCAAAACAAUUCGAGAAUGGAUGAGAGAGAACUGUUGUAAUUGGGUCUCCAGCUCAGAACCAUUAGACACAUCGGUGGAGUCCAUGCUGCCUGACUGCCCCCGAGUCUCAGCAGGCACCGAUCGUCACGAGCUAACUUCCUGGAAGAGCUUCCCAUCCAUUUUCAAAUUCUUUACCGAAGCCUCUGAGGCAAAGACCAGUUCCCUCAAGCCGGCUCUGACGCGACGCUCCCACAGAAUAAAGCACGAAGAGUUGUAAGAGGAGAGCGAGCGAGACGGGGGAGGGGAAGAGAAGGAACCACACUCGAGCAUGCAUCCACACGUCUCCCAACUGCUUGUUGUAGGCGAGCAGACUCCCAGCCCCUCAUUAGAUUGUUUUCUUCCUAGAGCACCGGGUCGUGAUAUAUACAUCUAAAUAGCGUUUUGCAUUAUUUCUAGAUGAGUGCAACUGUCAAAGCAAUAUGGGUUCACUGGUCGUGCUUCCUGCGGGCUGAGCUCGGGCUUCGGACUGCCCGUCAGCGCGCAGAUUAAGGCUGACAGCGCCCUACCCGGCGCGGCCAGCGAGGCUCUAAUU